GUUUCGAACUUGCAACUUGUUAGUUUACCUCAAGUUCAAUUGUUAAUCGUUACAUUUUUACUCUCUCAUCAUCAGUGUUGACCAUUUAAACUUAUCAUCUAAUCACUUGUUCAUAUUAGAUUAAAUUGUUUACCUUAACAUUAGAAAACUAAUUUUUAUCACUAAUUGUUAUUCUAUCAGUAAAUUAUUUCGUGAUUAACUUUAACAUGAAGUAAAACAAAACUUAUCUACACAUUUGAUUGACCAAUCCAAUGGUCAUCAAACAAGUUUCAUCAUCGAUAAACAUAAUCUCUCAAAUCUAUUAUUUUGAUAAUCUUCAUCAUUUCCUUUUCCGCUUUAAUAUAAUUUCAUGUUGUCUUUUGAAAUCAGUAAGCUCGGUAGCAAUUUAAAUGAUUGACAUUGAUUGACACUCUAUUAUUAACAUUGAAUCACCUCUGUUACAAUUUUUCCUUAAUUGUUAUAAUUAAUUAGUUUACCUUUAAUUAACUUCUUGCUGAUCAUCUUUAACUUUUCAAAUUUCCUUGGUGACUUAUUGUAUCUUCAUGGUUGAUACAUUAAAACUGGAUUUAAGUUAAUUAUUUGUCUCUUUGUGGAUCAACAUCUAAAUCCUGAUGAUAAUCAUUCAAAUCUUGAGCUAAUAAAUCACCGAGACGAAAUUUACACUAAUUAGUGAUUAGUGUUAAUAAUAUCAAACUUUGGAUCAAUUUAAUUGUGUAUCUAACGAUGACAAUCAAAUAGUGGACAACAUCAAACUGACCAUUGACCAAGAAAGGAAAUAGAUAUAAUCCAUUUUGAAAUUCAAAGUCAAGUUUCCGUUUGGCUAAAAGUUUGGGAUGAAAAAAAUCCUGAGCUGAUUAAUUAUUACUACUGGACAAUCAAUUAAUUGACUUUCUUGACCACUACUUGUGGAGACAGUUAUAACAAUGUCAAUUCUCAUUCAAAUUUUACAGCUAAUUACACUUCUUCCAGGUGCUCUAAGUGUUUCCGGUAAUUGGGAAGAAUGGUGGACAUAUGAUGGGAUCUCUGGUCCAGACUUUUGGGGUCUCCUUAAUCCAGAAUGGAGCUUAUGUAAUAAAGGAAAACGCCAAUCGCCAAUCGAUAUAAAGCCAAAUAACCUUUUGUACGACCCUUUUUUAAGACCGAUUCAUAUCGACGAUCAAAAAAUUUCAGGAGUUCUUGAAAACAAUGGUCAUUCUGUUGUUUUCCGAUUAAAUGCUCCGGAUAAACAUCGACAUUCAGAUUCAUCAAGAAUUUUCAAUGAAGUUGAUCAACUUCGAGGGACACCGAUCAACAUAAGCUCAGGUCCAUUAUCAUAUUCAUAUAGUUUCGAUUCUUUGUACAUUCAUUUUGGUCGAACUGAUUCUGUUGGAUCAGAACAUCGUAUCGAUGGUAUACCAUUUCCAGCAGAGCUUCAAAUAAUUGGAUAUAAUUCGGACCUUUAUCGAAACUCGAGUGAGGCUUCAAGAAAAACAAAUGGUCUCGUUGGAAUAUCAGUUCUAAUACAGAUUGGUGAUAAUCCUAAUCUUGAGCUUCGACAUUUAACCAGCAUGGUUCAUCUUAUACGAUUUAAAGGUCAAAAUACUACAGUUAAAUCACUUUCUAUUAGAGAGUUGAUACCACAGUUAGAAACUUAUAUAACUUAUGAAGGUUCAAUGACGGUUCCUGCCUGUUCUGAAACUGUUACAUGGAUUGUCAUGAAUAGUCCUAUUUUCAUGACAAAGCAACAGUUUUUUUCACUUCGGAAAAUGAUGCAAGGUGAUGCAGAUAAACCCAAGGCUCCAUUGGGAAACAAUUUCCGUCACACUACACAGAUUAAUCAUCGAGUGGUUCGGACCAAUAUUGAUUUUAAACGGAAACAGGGAACUGAAUGUCCAUCACUUAAGAGGAAUAUGCAUUAUCAAGUUAACUCUCGCCAUUUGAGGACAUAAUGAUAAUACUUGUUAUUAGUUCAUCUCAAUGGAAUUUCAAGUGCCUGAUAAAUGGCCACUGGAGACUCAGGAAAUUCACACAGAUAGUGAAAAUAAAAAAAAAGUUCUGGACCUUCAACUACAAUUAACUGGACAAUAAACUAAACUCUUCACUUAAUUCUGAUUCAAGUGUAUAACCAAUGAUGAUAAUCAGUGAUUAUCUUUAUUAAUAGUAUUGUCAUAAUCAAAUUUCACAAUCAUUUUGGGUCAGUCAUCAUCUUCAAAAUUUACAAUCAUUAUCAUUGUGUUUUAAUCAUCAUAACAAUAAAAACAAAAUACACUCUA